UCCACAUUCAGUUAUACUACACAGUCGCGGGUUCAAGAAGGAUGCUAUUUCUAAAUAAAAACCGAGUGCUUUCUUUGCUCCUUAAUUUUAUUUUCAUAAUUAUUUUAAUUUCGUCAAGUGUCCAAGCAGAUGAGAGAAACAUUAACAAACUGCUGAACAACCAGGUGGUAGUCAGUCGUCAAAUUAUGUGCAUACUCGGAAAAAGCGAUUGCGAUUCGCUGGGUUUGCAGCUAAAAGCUGCCCUGCCAGAAGUCAUAACCCGAAAAUGCAGGAACUGCUCCCCACAACAGGCUCAAAAGGCGCAAAAGCUGACCACAUUCUUACAGACCAGAUACCCGGACGUUUGGGCCAUGCUUCUAAGAAAGUACGAUAGUGCCUAAAUAUGGCAAUUAAAUGUUCUUCUCAUGCAUCGAAUAUAAUAAAUUAGUCCCGACAUCAUC